AUGGCAGGGAGGGGCAGGAGUAGGCUCAAGGCAGCGCUCCUGCUGCUGCUCGCGGCCUUCGCGAGCUGCAUCCUCCCCCGCCAUGUAGCCGCGCAAGAGAAGGCCAUGAAGCAGGUGUUCAUCGCGUCGCCGAUGUACGGCGGGAAGCUCUACCACGGCUACUUCGCCUCGGUGCUGGCCGCGAUGAACCAUUUCAGCGUGAUGAAGGCCAGGCCCGACAUCACGCUGGUGAUCAGCACGGUGGAGAUGGUCUCGGAGAUCGCCGUGGCACGCGCCAUCCUGUGCAAGUUCUUCCUGUCGACCGCGAGCAACACCCACAUGUUCUUCAUCGACAACGACAUCUCCUUCACCACAGAGAUGAUCGAGCGCUUCGUGGACUCCAACAAGCCGGUGCUGGCCGCCGCCGCGCCGCUGCACGGCCCGCCGAACUGGGACCUCCUCGUCGACCUCGCGCGCUCCAACCGCGACAUCCCCGAGGACCAGAUGGCCGCGCUCCUGCAGACCUCGGGGUACCCCCUCAACGUGGACUUCCUGCCCGACCUCGACAAACCCAGGGACGCGGAGGGGCGGUACCCUGCGCGUCUGACGCCGGACGAACACGGGCACCUCAAGGUCCAGGCCGUGGGCAUGGGGUUCGUCAUGCUGGUGCGGCCGGUCGUCGAGCGCAUGUGGCGGUCGUACCAGGAGCUGACGUUCCGGCACCAGCAGUACGGGGACGUCGUCGGGUUCUUCCACAACAGCCUGCAGAAGGGCGCGGACGGAUCCAUCCACUCCGCCGCCUCGGAGUACCACGCAUUCUGGAAGCGCUGGCGUUCGCUGGGCGGAGAGAUCUGGGUCGACACCAAGGAGGGCGUCAACCACACGACGCGGGCCACCUUUGACGCCGCGCACUUCUUCGAAAAGCUCAAGCCGGAGAACCCCGCCAGGGACAUCCAGAUCAUCUACAAGUCGUGGUCGCACGAGUUCACGGUGGACGAGCUGCGCGCGAUGCAGGCGGCGGAGGCGAGCGGGGCGCCGCAGGGGCGCAUGCGCGAGGACCAGACGCCGGGCAAGGACCGCAUCGAGCUGUGA